AUGAGGUCGGGUGGAGGUGGAGAGAUGCUGGUGGUCUCCCGUGGCAGGGAGAAGGUACAGGACUCUGGGGAGCAGCUGGAGCAGACACGCGGACAUCGCCUGCCUCAGCACCCGCGCCCCAGCGCAGGGCUGCUGGGAGCCUCGGGGCCGCAUCCAGCCCCCGUCCUGACUGCGCUGGCACCCGGCGAGGAGCUGGUGGCACCACCAUGUCCCAGGCAGAAGGUCCCCCUCACGCUGCAUGGGGAGGGCGGUCGGAUCUGGAUGGAGCUGGGGGGCACAGAGAUAAGCACUGGAGGGGAAGCGCAGGCGGGUGGUCCCCAAAGCCUGAGGGAUCCAUGCAUGGACCACCCUGCUCCGUCCCUCCCAGGCGGCGAGGGGACGUUUGAAUACUGCGAUGUGGUCAUCAACAGCCAGGAGAAGGUUUCAGACGUGUACACGCAGCUGGAGAAGCUGGGAGAGGGAAAAUUUGGGACGGUGUACCGGCUGCAGGAAAAAGCCACCGGCAAAAUCCGGGCUGGGAAAUAUUUCCGGACGCGGACAGCUAAAGAGAAGCAGGCGGCUCGGGCUGAGGUGGAGCUCAUGAACCUGCUGCAUCACCCACGCCUCGUGCAGUGCCUCGCCGCCUUCCAGGGCCCCGCUGAGCUGGUGAUGGUGAUGGAGUACGUGGCAGGUGGGGAGCUCUUUGAGCGCAUCGUGGACGAUGACUUUGAGCACACGGAGCCCAGCAGCGCCCAGUACAUGCAGCAGAUCCUGGAGGGGCUGCAGUUCAUGCACGGCCAGGCCAUCGUCCACCUCGACCUCAAACCCGAGAACAUCGUUUGUAUCAGCCCCGGCAGCCACUGGCUCAAGAUCAUUGACUUCGGCUUGGCGCGGAAGCUGGCUCCAGACACCCCCGUGAAGGUGAUGCACGGCACCCCUGAGUUCAUGGCUCCAGAAGUGGUCGCCUUUGAGCCCGUGGGCUUCUCCACAGACAUGUGGAGCGUUGGUGUCAUCUGCUACAUCCUGCUGAGCGGGGAGUCCCCCUUCCAGGGGGACAACGACAUGGAGACGCUGAGCAACGUCACAGCUGCCCAGUGGGACUUUGAGGAGGAGACCUUCUCGGAGAUCUCCCAGCAAGCCAAGGACUUCAUCAGCCAACUGCUGCAGAAGGACCCCCGCCACCGGCUCUCCAGCGCGGGGGCUCUGCUGCACCCCUGGCUGCAGCAGCCCCAGCCCAGCAGCACCAAGGCGCUGUCAAAAGAGAGGAUCAAGCAGUUCCUGACCCGUCGGAAGUGGCAGAAAACAGGCAAGGCUCUGCUGGCCCUCAACAGGUUGACCCUGCUGUCCCAGGGCCCGGAGAGGAAAGCGUCAGAGGCUCAGGAUGAGGAAGACCUGGGCUGCAGCCCAGAGGAGGACCAAGCCUCCAGGUCUCUGCCUCAACAAGGUGCCAGCUUCUCGGAGCUGCUGACGGACCAAGAGGAGGAGGAAGGUGGGAGCGCUGCGGCCACAGGGGAGGCAGAAAGCAGCGUCAGUGUGGCCAUGCCACCCCAGCCCUGGACCACCUAG